GCAGUGUGACCGGGAUGGCGCAUUUUCUUGCACCAAGUAAUGCGGUGUCGCUGGCGGCUGAGGAGGGCGGAGAGUUCUGUGGUGAAGUAGUGGGAGGGAUUCAUGUGGGCAUCGGGAAGAGCCUAAGUCCACACUAUAAAAUAGGAAGUUGAUGCGGGGUACAGCUACUCCCGGACCGGCGGCGUGAAAGUCGUGAUAUCAUCGUUGAACUCACUGUAGACGUUUGCAGUUCUCUGCCCAGCCGCUGUGGAAAAUCGGCCUCGAAGUGAUUGAAAUUCCCUGCUUAUAUCAGGCAGCUUCUUUCAGAUCCAUCGUCUUUCUCCCGGAGUAUGAAUGGAAGGAUUCAGUAUGCGCUUCACAUUUAUUAGCUUUGAAGUUUAAAUCCAAUGGAGAAGACUCAAGAAACAGUCCAAAGAAUUCUUCUAGAACCGUAUAAAUACUUACUUCAGUUACCAGGUAAACAAGUGAGAACCAAACUUUCACAGGCAUUUAAUCAUUGGCUGAAAGUUCCAGAGGACAAGCUACAGAUUAUUAUUGAAGUGACAGAAAUGUUGCAUAAUGCCAGUUUACUCAUCGAUGAUAUUGAAGACAAUUCAAAACUCCGACGUGGCUUUCCAGUGGCCCACAGCAUCUAUGGAAUCCCAUCUGUCAUCAAUUCUGCCAAUUAUGUGUAUUUCCUUGGCUUGGAGAAAGUCUUAACCCUUGAUCACCCAGAUGCAGUGAAGCUUUUUACCCGCCAGCUUUUGGAACUCCAUCAGGGACAAGGCCUAGAUAUUUACUGGAGGGAUAAUUACGCUUGUCCCACUGAAGAAGAAUAUAAAGCUAUGGUGCUGCAGAAAACAGGUGGACUGUUUGGAUUAGCAGUAGGUCUCAUGCAGUUGUUCUCUGAUUACAAAGAAGAUUUAAAACCACUACUUAAUACACUUGGGCUCUUUUUCCAAAUUAGGGAUGAUUAUGCUAAUCUACACUCCAAAGAAUAUAGUGAAAACAAAAGUUUUUGUGAAGAUCUAACAGAGGGAAAGUUCUCAUUUCCUACUAUUCAUGCUAUUUGGUCAAGGCCUGAAAGCACCCAAGUGCAGAAUAUCUUGCGCCAGAGAACAGAAAACAUAGAUAUAAAAAAAUACUGUGUACAUUAUCUUGAAGAUGUAGGUUCUUUUGAAUACACUCGUAAUACUCUUAAAGAGCUUGAAGCUAAAGCCUAUAAACAGAUUGAUGCACGUGGUGGGAACCCUGAGCUAGUAGCCCUAAUAAAACACUUAAGUAAGAUGUUCAAAGAAGAAAAUGAAUAAUGUUACACCAUUCUUGAUUGGGCCUCAUAGCUUAUUUUAGUUAAUCACUUUUUUGUCUUUUAGCCUUAUCACCUUUUAAAAAAUUUGUUAUUCUCCAGGAACAGUAAAUAGGUGAGUAGGGGUGGUGCAAGUGAAUUCGUUUUCAUUUAGAAGCCCCUCUGUACAGAUAAUCAAAUUUCAAAGUUGAAAGAAUCAAAAGCAGCCACAGUUAUGUAGGUCUCAUUUGAAUGUCAUAAUUGCAGUGACAGGACAUUGCCACCAACUCUACCCUACUACCAUCAAUGUUGUGUUUAUUCCAUCAAUAAAAAAGACUUGCUUCCAGGAAUUUUUAUCCAUACACUUCCUAACUGUACUAUCUGGGCAGUUCCAAGCCAGUUUCUUUUAGCUAGCUGGCCCAAAGACCACAAAUCUUUUUUUCUCCUAAAUGCUGCUAUAAAGAAUAUCUCUAAUCCCAGCACUUUGGGAGGCCGAGGCGGGCAGAUCACGAGGUCAGGAGAUCGAGACCACGGUGAAACCCCGUCUCUACUAAAAAUACAAAAAAAUUAGCCGGGCGUGGUGGCGGGUGCCUGUAGUCCCAGCUACUCGGAGAGGCUGAGGCAGGAGAAUGGCGUGAACCCAGGAGGCGGAGCCUGCAGUGAGCCGAGAUUGCGCCACUGCACUCCAGCCUGGGCGACACGGCGAGACUCCGUCUCAAAAAAAAAAAGGAAUAUCUCACUUUUCCCCCCUGGAAACACCCUCACUGAAGUCUUCUGUGAAAAGGCUGAUAAUGAUAAACAGUAAGCACUCUGGUCCUUUUUCUUACGUUCUCCUUUUUUCCUUCCUCUCCACCCCACAAGUUUUGCUUUUUAACCAAGGUGUCUCUGCUUGAUGAAAUUCACAUGCUAGUCUAAAUCUUUUUUUCUCACUUGUAAUGGAACAUUUAUGUGCCCCAAACUGGUUAGUAUAUGGGUAUAGCAUUUCCUUUCCAAUUGGGAAGUGGAAAAAGAGUGUAUGGGAUAUUUUAGAAGGGAGCCUUUGAACCUUAUUAUAUUUCCCCAUCAUUGAUAGUGACAAUCUUAAAAGGGUUGUUUUCUUACCUUAAAUACAAAAGCAUGGAAAAACGCCCUUUUCCUUCCCGCCCACAUCACCACCCCCCUUGAAGACAAUAGGUGCUUGAAUGGAAAGUGAGUAGGCAUCUUUAAUCGCUCUGAUUAAAGAAAAGAAAGUGUUAGCCUGAAAGGGCCUGACUGAAAAGUAACCAAAGGCUUAAUAUCAAGCACUAAUUAGCUUUUUAGUGCCUUAACCCUGACCUUGUUACCAGUUUUCUAUAAUUUCUAGACCCAAGCCACUGAAGUCGUCUGUGGCCCAAGAGGUAGGCCAAAAAAAAAGCUGAUUUCAGUAUUUGAUUUGUUGACAUCCCAAAAUGAAAGUUUCUGUUUCCCUUAGAAACAUGUUUUGCUUGAUUGGUUCUAUAGUGUGUUACUUAGGAUCUAUUUACCAUAUAUUUGUAUGAGAAAUCCUCACCCAAGCAUUCAACCUAAAUCUUUGAAAAGUUGGGUGCUGUCUUUAGUAACUUUUAAAAUAGUUUAAAUCUCCCAUUUUAGUAGUCAUAAGGAAACCUGUUAAAAGCAUGGCUAUUGAUGUUAUAGUAUGGAAAGUUGAACUUUAUGAACCCAUACUUUUAGAAAACAUUAUUUUUAAAAAUCUAACUGACUAUAGAAACAAAUUAAAAUGUCUACUUUUAAGUAUAAAAA